AGUCGCACUUUAAUGACGUCGGUUCCUGUGGUUUGUCUUGAUUCAAGGGUGCCGAAGGAGAAACGUGCAAUCCCGGGCAGAGCGUUUUAAAAUGGUAGCGGGGAGAACCAGCGCCAUAGCGGCCGGGGUGUGCGGGGCUUUGUUUCUAGGCUACUGUAUCUAUUUCGACAGGAAGCGGAGGAACGAUCCCAACUUCAAGAACAGACUGAAAGAGAAACGGCGAAAACAAAAGCUUGCUAAAGAAAAAGCAGGACAGUCAAAGUUGCCUGAUCUUAAAGAUGCUGAAGCUAUUCAGAAAUUCUUCCUUGAAGAAAUUCAGCUUGGAGAAGAGUUACUAGCACAAGGUGACUUUGAAAAGGGUGUUGAUCACUUGACAAAUGCUAUUGCUGUAUGUGGACAGCCCCAGCAGUUGCUCCAGGUUUUACAGCAGACUCUUCCUCCACCUGUUUUCCAGAUGCUCUUGACUAAACUACCAACAAUUAGCCAAAGGAUUGUGAGUUCUCAAACCCUCACUGAAGAUGAUGUGGAGUAAAAUAAACAAAUCCAAAUGUAGUUCUUAACUGCAAUAGUAUUCCAAUUGCAUCUAUGAUAUGGCUGCUGGACAUUUUCAAUUUCAUAAGUAGGGCAAAGAUGUGAAAUCAGAGUGGUGGGAUUUUAUUUAUUGUUUUGUUAAAUGUGUGUUUUUGUUUUACUUUAACAUUCUGUGGGAAACAUGUAAAUCUUGUUUUGUUUUUUUGUUUUUGUUUUUUUAAGCAAAGCUUUUGUUUAGAAUGUACAUAUCAUAAAUGCCCAUUUUUGUAUAAGGCAAUAAAAAAAAUCCUCCCA